AUGGCGUCGAAGCAGAUGGAGGAGAUCCAGCGGAAGCUAUCCCUGCUGGAGUACCCGCGGUCGAACGCCCCCGCGCAAUCCCUCCUCUUCGCCGGCGUCGAGCGCUACCGCCUCCUCGAGUGGCUCUUCUUCCGGCUCCUAGGCGACAGAUCGCCCUUCACGCAGCAGAACUGGCAGGGGGAUAGCCUGGACCGCGACGAGGAGAACAACAGGAUUCAACACCUGGCGGAGAUAGCUAACUUCCUGGGCAUCACACCUUCGGUGGACACCGAGGCGAUUCAGGGUCGAGGUAGCUAUGAGGAGCGGGUCGAACUGCUCCAUCUUAUUGUCGACCUAGUGGAAGCUAGUUGCUACGCUGACAAUCCAGAAUGGAGUGUUGAUAAGCAAUUGGAGAAGGAUGUGCAACUCGUAGAUUCUAUUGCUGAGAAACAAGCCCAAAUUUUUUCAGAGGAAUGCAAACUUUUCCCUGCAGAUGUCCAAAUACAAUCAAUUUACCCCUUGCCUGAUAUCGCUGAAUUAGAGUUGAAGCUCUCGGAGUAUACCAAAAAGAUGUCCAAUCUGCAGCAAAUGGUUCAGGAAUUAGCAUCGAAGUAUGAUUAUAAUCCAAAUGAAGACUAUGCCGAGACAGAGUUGAAGUUGAGGGAACACUUGAAAUCAUUUUUGGAAACGGUUAAAUCCUUCAACACAAUAUAUACUAAGGAAAUCCAUCCUUGGACCCACAUGAUGGAAGUGCCACAAUUGCAUGGCUUCGGUCCAGCUGCUAACCGCCUCUUGGAGGCAUACAAUACCCUUUUAAAGUUCCUGGGAAAUCUGAGGAGUCUCCGAGAUUCAUACACUGCAAUGGCUGCUGGUUCACUGUCGGCUUCUAAUGAGCCUUCAUCUGUGACCAAGAUUAUUUCAGACUGCGAAUCUGCACUGACCUUCUUGAAUCACAGCCUUUCCAUCCUUUCCACUUCUGUGGCACGUGAGCAGGGGGAAACACUAUGA